AUGUGCGGCAGGAGGAGGAGGUCCCAGCGGCGACCUUUCCUGAGGACGCUCUCAUGGAGAUCCUGUCACGGGUGCCCUGCAGAUCGGUGUGCCGCUUCAAGUGUGUAUCCAAAGAGUGGCUCCCCCUCUGCUCCUACUCCCACACCCGCAAGAAGUCGCCGCAGGCCAUGUCCGGCUUCUUCUACAAAGACCAUGGUUUGCGUUUCCACAAUUUGUCCGGAAAAAGGUCCUCCCAUGGUCGAUCCCGACCUCUCUUUCUUACGCGGCAGCUAUAAACAUUUCAGUGUCACACAAUGCAGCACCAGCCUUCUCCUUUGCAAAUGCUGGAAAGUUCCCUAUCCUAAGCAACUCGGUUGGAAUUCUCUUCCGAAAGGAAAAACCGAGCAAUUUUUUGAAUGGCCCGAGGCCGAGGAAUUCGAUUACGUUGUCUGCAAUCCUGCCACUCAGCAGUGGACUUUGUUGCCUCCUAUAGAAUUGCCUGAUCACCUUCCGCUUUUCCGCCCAGGCAAAUACUUUUUAGGUUUUGACGCGGCCAUUCCUUCCCGCUUCGUCGUGUUUGUGCCCCUGAACUCACCUCAGAUAUAUGGCCUGUCCGCAGACAUGGUCUACUCAUCAGAUACUGGAGGAUGGACUUUCACACGGCGCAAUGAUUUCAGUACAUAUCCAAUUAGUUAUCUAGAAAGCACCUUCCUGAAUAACACUAUGCAUUUCCCUACUCGUUAUUCGGUAAUAGUCACAGUGGAUAUGGAAAGGAAAUAUUGGAGGAAAAUUAAAAUGCCACGUGGCAUGACAAAUGAAUAUGGUGAUGUUUCCAUCGGGAAGUCCCAGGGACGCUUGUUUGCUUGGCAUAUAAAGGAUCAAGGUGAUUACCAACUGUCUAUUUGGGUUCUUGAAAAUUAUGACAGCGGAGAGUGGACCCUAAAGUGUACUGUUAGCUGUUCCAAACUGUUUGGAAGGGAUUGUCGCAAAUAUUACGAGUCCUACUCGAUGUUUGCAAUUCAUCCAGAAUGUAAUUUGAUUUUUCUUACUGACAAUAAGGAGAAGACAUUGUCAUAUGAUAUGGAUAAUCAGGAAGUGCAUAUUAUCUGUGCUACUGGAGAUUUCUUGGAAGGCCUACCUUACACUCCCUCUUUUGUGGAAUGGACAUCAGAUGGUCACUAA